CAGAAGGUGGAGACGGAGAGCAAGGGAAAAAGUAAAAAUCCGUCAAUGCAUGGCUGGUUUGACAACAAAUGAGCUGGAACGAUACUAACCAGGAGCAACGUUUGUAAACAACGCAUCGAAUCAAGCAAGAAUAAGUGGAAAAGUGUAUUUUACCUUCACAUUUACCAGAAUAACGGUGCAUCCAGUUCCUAUUUUUUGGGAUGAACUAAUUGCUGUGAAGGAAAGAGAAGCAAACGUACGCUACUUUGAUUUAGGUUAAAAAGAUGCAAGAAGAAGAUACACGUGUUUGCCCACCGCGACAAUUUGAAUGAUCGUUUUUUGAAUUAAAAUCCUCUCCGAGCAAGGUCUUAGCGGAGCAUUUAUUCCUAAAUUAAAUAAACCAGAAAAUGAACAAAUUUAGUUUAUUAUAUACAGUACCGGUAUAUAAUUUAUUCCAUGCCUGUAUGCUGAAACAUCAAAAGUAAUACAGAAUUCACUGAUUCAAAACAAAUUCAAUAGCACAGUCGAUGAGUUAGCCAUUGGACCCAAAUGAAACAUAUUCAAGGACAUGCUAGUUCUUGACGUUAAUACUUUGUUGUUACGUGUUUACAAAAUUCAAACUCAUUUUGUGACUACCUCCCAACCCUGCAACAUGUCUUCAAUUUCAAAAACUAACUUCAUUUUUCUAAUAUGCCAAGUAAUGAAUUGAGUAACAAGUUUCUCAACAGAUAAAACAACAGAACAAUGUAAUAGUAUUCCAUAUGAUUCAAAUUCUACCUUCCAUUGUUUAAUUUGAAUACAAAACUGGCCGAAAUUUUUUUCUAGCCUAGAGAUAAGUCCCUAUUGGUUUAGAAUAUGUCAUGAACCUGUGACCUGUAUGCGCUUGAUCGAGCGUUAAAGAUAAGAUGUCAUUUUCAUCUUCAUUCUGAGUAAAAAGACGUCUCAGAUCCGGUUUACUGUAGACAAUGUCAUGUGUGGGAGGUUUUCGUUUCAAAUGAAUGGACUCAAGGUUGAGGAAACUGUUACUUAUCAGAGCUUACGGAAACUGCUAAUGACAGCAAGCAGUUGUCCAAUAUUCUCGUUUGUUAUUCUUCUCCGUAUUGAAAAAUUGGGAUUUUGUCCAUAAUAAGAGUGAAUGUGAGGGUUUUAGCAAUUCUCUUGCACAUAUUUCUUUUUCGAAGGGUUGGCUGAAGGAGAGUAAUCAUUGAUGUGAUAGUACGAGCAUUUCAUAGCCAACUUCUACGAAACUAGAAAAUAUUUGAGUGCUAGAUUGACUUUAAACUUUUCUGCUAUUAUAUACUUUGAUAUAUGGUAUAGUUUUCAGUGAAAUGUUUUAGUCAAGUAAAUAUAAGUAUCUGGCAAUAUUAGGCUUUUUUAUACUGAUGAUAGAAUGUAAAAAAGAAAAGCAUACUGGUAGCCUAUAUAUUUAUUAGAUUUUAAAAAUGUUGGAUGUGGAGAAUAUCUCAAUUAUUUUCCACAUUUUUAUUUCCUCAUAUUUUAUUUAAGGAGUAAAUGUACAAUCUGUCUAUAAUACAAAAUGGUGAAACAGACAAUCAAGAUCUUCUGCAGGGUAAAGCCAACUCGUUCACGAACAGGAAUAUUUUCUAUCGAUGAUGAUGAGACUCUUCCUAAAUCAUCAAUUGAAUUUGUCAUUCCGCGAGAUCAGUUGGAAGGAUUUGUCAACAAUAAAAGAGAAAAUUAUAAAUUUGCAUUCGAAAAAAUAUUUGAUCAACAGGCAAAACAAGAUGAUGUAUUUGAACAUGUAGCAAAGGACGUUGCUGAUAAUGUACUGGCUGGGUAUAAUGGAACAAUAUUUGCUUAUGGGCAGACAGGAAGUGGAAAGACUUUUACAAUAACGGGGGGCGCUGAAAAAUUUGCAGAUAGAGGAAUCAUUCCCCGAUCUUUAUCUUAUCUUUUUGAAAAAUUUGAACAAGAUAAGAACCAUAUUUAUUCAACGGAAGUAUCUUAUCUAGAAAUUUAUAAUGAAAAUGGUUAUGAUUUACUUGACCCCCGACAUGAAGCUGCAAAAUUAGAAGAUUUGCCUAAAGUGGCUUUAAUGGAAGAUCCUGAUCAAAAUAUUCACCUCAAAAACUUAUCAAUGUUGCCAGCUCAAAAUAUUGAAGACGCUUUGAAUUUAUUAUUUUUAGGUGACACAAAUAGAAUGAUUGCUGAAACUCCUAUGAAUCAAGCAUCAACGCGAUCUCAUUGUAUUUUCACUAUUCAUAUAACAAGUAGAGAACCGGGCUCAGCUACAAUUCGAAGAUCGAAACUGCAUCUCGUUGAUUUAGCAGGAUCUGAACGAGUUGCUAAAACGAACGUUGGAGGCCAACUUCUCACUGAAGUUAAAUAUAUCAAUCUUUCACUUCAUUUUUUAGAGCAAGUUAUCAUUUCAUUAUCGGAAAAAAAUCGGCAGCACAUUCCAUAUCGCAAUUCAAUGAUGACUUCCGUCCUUCGUGAUAGCCUCGGUGGAAAUUGCAUGACGACUAUGAUUGCGACUGUUUCUGUGGAUAAAAAGAACGUAGAUGAAUCAAUAUCAACAUGUCGAUUCGCACAACGUGUUGCGUUAAUCAAAAACGAAGCAACAUUGAAUGAAGAACUAGAUCCCAAGCUUAUGAUACUGAGAUUGAAAAAAGAAAUUCAGUCGUUGAAAGAUGAGUUGGCUUUAACAACAGGAGAACAACGAAGUGACCAACUUACAACUGAAGAAAUUCAGUAUUUAGAUGAAUUAAUUGCUUCAUAUUUAAACGAUACUGAUUUAGAAGCAACACUCGAUGUCGGUGGUGAUAUGAGAAAGAUUCAAUAUUCAUAUGGAAGGUUGAAAAAGUAUGCGAACAGAAAAGGAGUUUCCGCCAUCGAGGAAAAUGGUGACGAGAAUGUUCGACCGGAUACGCAGAGUCAACAUCAAUCUAAUAAUGAUGAACAAGAACUCAGUCCAUUAGAAAUCAAAAGAUUGAAAGAAAUAUUACAACAAAGAGAUACUGAAAUAAAUAUUUUAGUCAAUAUGUUAAAAAAAGAAAGAAAAAAAGUUCUUGAUGCACAAGCACAAAAUAUUCCAAGAUCUAAUACUAAUUCCGAAUUACAAACCUCAUCUGGAUACAACAGUUCAACUUAUGAAUCUGAUCAAAAAGACAGCGAAAAAGAAUUAAUAAAUUCAAAAUCACAUGUCAAAGAACCUAAUAUGUCUGCAGGUCGCCAAGAAGCAUUUGAAAUUUUUAAACAAAAUUAUUCACAAAACGAUGCCAUUAUGGAUCAAAAAGAACGGUUAAAACAGAGAUAUGGAGAAGCAAAAAUACUUGGAAUGGAAGUGAAUAACGCUAGAAAUGCAAUUAAUCAUCUCAAAGCGGAUCUGGAACAAAGAAAGAAAAAGAGAGCUAUUCAAAUGACCAUGAGUAGUAAUAUCGACGAUAAAGACGAUUCGUUUGAGGAAAAUGAGAGAGAAGCACUUGUUAGACAACAAAUUGAAGAAGCGAAACUAAAAUACAAAAACUCAUUUAUGAAACUUAAAGCAAUGAAAGCAGAAAUUGAUCAUUUACAUCAUUUGUUAGAUAGAACUAGAGUUCAAAUUCAAAGAGAUUUCGAUGUUUGGUGGGACCAACAAACGAAACGGCCACCUAGUGGACGAUCAAGGCCAUCUAGUUCAAGUCAUCAUCGACUGAACAGAAUUGAACAACCACAAAAUCCUAUCAAAACCACAGAAGCUUGGAGAACUCCGCCUGAAUCCCCUCAAAGAUUUGAACAAAAUUUCAAUAAUCGUUCUCUAUCUAACACAUCACUCUCUCCUUUACAAAGAGUGUCGCCUAUUGGUGACGUUGGUUUGCCUGGAUAUGCAAAACCGUCUCCACCAAUCGGUUUCAACUUGCCUAUGCCAGAUUCAGUGAGCAGACAAUCUACAAAUCAAAGUUUAAAUAACUCAAGUUUGAGUUUAAAAAGUCAGAGAUCUGGUUUUAAUAUGACACAAAGACAUUUGAAGGAGUCACAAAUACCGACAACUGGUGAUAGUAAUACAGAUGCUAACAUUUUGGCUUUCAUUAAAGCCAGAGAAAGUUUAAUGCAGAAGAAAAAUGGACAAUAUAGUUGAUGUUUCAUAUGAUAAAAAUUUCACAUGCUCAAUUGCUCUAUUAAUGGACCAUAAGGCACUUGUCGAACCCCUUUUUUCAAAAAAUUGAUUGUGCGCCUUAUAAGCAUUAUGCUUCAUUAACUACACCUAAAAUCAGUAUUGGUACUAUUGAUUUAUAAACCAACCACCACUUUAUGUUUUCUUCAAAUUAAAUACGAUAAUCCUAAAGAGUUUUUUUGUUCAAUGAAUUUUGUUCCGUAAUCCGAUACUUCUUGAAAACGGUUGCGUCUUCUAG